AUGGAUGGACCAAUGCAUUUUUAUCAACUUGUGUACAUCAGCAUUUUGUCUACAGCUUGUUGCAGCUGGCCUGAAAGAUAUCUGGGAGAGCCACCUCGCAACCUACAAAUGGAAUCUCGCAAUUUUCAGCACAUUUUGUCCUGGCAGGCAAAAAGUGAUCCAGCUGUGCCAACAUACUAUCGUGUGCUGUACAGUGACCGCAGGAACUGGAAGACUGCUAAACAAUGUUCAGCUAUUACACAACUCUCCUGUAAUCUGACAGAUGAUUUUAAAGAGCAUGGCACUCAGUAUUCAGCAUUGGUUCAGAGCUUCGUAGGAACUGAAGUAUUCAAUUCUUCUGUAUUAGGUUUUGAGCCACUUACUGACACAUUCCUGGGACCACCAGAAGUUAAUAUCAGUUCCUGUGUAAACUGCAUAAAUGUCACCAUAAAGCUGCCAACCUCUCACUUAAUAAAAAAUGAAAAGCCAUCGUCUUUAAUUGAUAUAUAUAAAGAGCUUCAAUAUGCUAUAAUACUGAAAACAGUCGAUGGAGAGCAUAAGAGGCUGUAUAAGAAAAUCACUGAAGAAAUUUUUAGUACUGUCAUUGAAGAAUUGUAUCCAAAUAGAAAUUACUGUGUGUCUGUUGUGGUCACUGCAUCUCUAAACAAAAAUUCCAUCCCGUCAGCCUGGAAAUGUAUAACUGCAGACUCUGUAGCUCAACAAGAUUAUUAUACAGUUGCAAUCACAGGUGCUGUAUGUUUUACACUGAUCUUAGCUGUAACACUGAAGUGUAUGCAUGCAGGAGGUUAUAUUCUUCAAAGAAAAUCACUUCCACCUACUUUGGUAUGCAUCAGGAAGUUAGCCUAUUCACCGUGGACAUUCAAAUCUGAAGAAAUAGCCUCUGUAGAGAUCAUUUACAAAGAGUUUAAAAAAAAGGCAAAUGAAUCCAGUGGUGGUGUCAGUGAUGAAGAUGACAGUGACAGCGAUGCCGUAAGUAAUCAUGGCUACACAAGGCGUGAUAUCGUAAGUAGAGUACCUCAUUCCUCUGACACGCCAAAUGGAUUCGUGCAGUACUCCACAAGUAGUACAUGUGAUGACAGAAGCAGCCAGGCAAGUGAACCCUCAGACAUCGACCCAGAAGAUUUUGAAGAGCAUGAGAUGGACAUUGAAGAAGACAAAGACACAAGUAGUGAAUUGCUUAAUCCUGUCUCUGAGGUAAAUUGUAACUAUUCUUCUAGGCGAAGGAACAGUGCUUGCUUUACCAUUAACUUACAAACAGUGCUGUUGGGAGCCUCUGAAGAGAACGUGGAUAGUUCUGCAGCUCUUCUUUCUUCCCAAGAGGAUGCAGUUGACUGGCAGUGUGCUCAUGCUUUUGAAGCAAAACUCCUGGAUGACACAGAAAGCAUGCAGAAACCACACUGUCAUAACAGCUCUCAGGAAUGGCAAAAUUCCUCUCAUUCUUCUGAUGAAAGUGACUCAUCGGAUUCAGAUAUGGACCAAAAAACUGAAUACAUAAGAAGAUGA